GGCUCAUCGCAUUUGAGUGAUCCAGAUCUGCUCAAAUCCCCGAAUGCUUUGUUAAAUCAUCACAUGCCAGUGGCCACAACCUACGCAUACAACUCAAUAAAUACGUUUGUUUUUAAGCACGUAUAUGCCGGUACUCGAUUGCUAUAGACUUGAGCGAAGAUGGCUGAGCCGACGGAUAAUGUUACAAUUCCGCAGUUCAGCACCCUUCUACAAAUGGAUCCGUAUCUGAAACCGUUUGAAAAGGACUUCAAGAGGAGGUAUGCGCUGUUCCAGAAGUGUCUUUUCCAGCUGGAGGAGGCCGAGAGCGGCUUUGAUCAGUUCACACGCAGCUACCAGAGUUUCGGGGUGCAGCGGCAGGCGAACAACGGGCUGAUCUUUAAAGAGUGGGCCCCUGCUGCUGAGGCUCUCUUCCUGACCGGAGAUUUCAAUGGCUGGGACAAUUUCUCUCACCCAUACAAGAAAAAAGAAUACGGAAAAUGGGAGCUGUACAUCCCGCCGAAAGAGGACAAGUCAGCGGCCGUGGCUCACCUGUCCAAGCUGAAGGUAGUUGUCCACACCAGAACAGGGGAGCGACUGUAUCGGAUCUCUCCCUGGGCGAAAUACGUGACCAAGACGGGAGAUUCCGUCAUCUAUGACUGGGUGCACUGGGACCCCCCUCACCCCUACCUGCACAUUCACCCGCGCCCCAAGAAGCCCAGGAGCCUGCGGAUUUACGAGUCCCACGUGGGGAUAGCCUCGCCGGAGGCCAAGGUCGCCUCCUACACCAACUUCACCGUCAACGUGCUGCCGAAGAUCAAAGACCUCGGUUAUAACUGCAUACAGCUGAUGGCCAUUAUGGAGCACGCCUACUACGCCAGCUUUGGCUACCAAAUCACCAGCUUCUAUGCUGCAUCCAGCCGCUACGGGACUCCUGAGGAGCUGAAGCAGCUCAUCGAUGUGGCCCACUCCCUGGGGAUCAUCGUGCUCCUGGACGUGGUCCACAGCCACGCGUCCCAGAACACCGAGGACGGCCUCAACAAGUUCGACGGCAGCGACUCCUGCUUCUUCCACUCGCCCCCCCGGGGGGAACACAAACAGUGGGACAGCAGACUCUUCAACUACUCCAGCUGGGAGGUGCAGCGUUUCCUGCUGUCUAAUCUGCGCUGGUGGAUGGAGGAGUAUCGCUUUGACGGCUUCAGGUUCGACGGCGUGACCUCCAUGCUUUAUCACCACCACGGCCUCGAUGUAAAAACGGAGACUUUUUUUUUCCCCGGGAAAGACCCCGCUGAAAUUUACUUCCCCUCCUCUCCGCAGGAUGUAUCCGGGAUGCCGGGGCUCUGCCGAGCCGUCACCGAAGGAGGGUGUGGCUUCGACUACCGCCUGGCCAUGGCCAUUCCAGACAAGUGGAUCCAGAUCCUGAAGGAGUACAAGGACGAGGAGUGGAACAUGGGCAAUAUCGUGUACACGCUGACCAACCGUCGCUACGGGGAGAACUGCAUCGCAUACGCCGAGAGCCACGACCAGGCGCUGGUGGGGGAUAAGACCCUGGCCUUCUGGCUGAUGGACAAGGAGAUGUACACCAACAUGAGCUCCCUCAUCCCCAUGACGCCCGUCAUCGACCGGGGCAUCCAGCUGCACAAGAUGAUCCGCCUCAUCACCCACGGCCUGGGAGGGGAGGGCUACCUCAACUUCAUGGGCAACGAGUUUGGCCACCCCGAGUGGCUGGACUUCCCCCGGAAGGGAAACAAUGAGAGUUACCACUACGCCGCGAGCACCUGCUGACAGACCCUGCUGGACACCGGCAACUCGCGCUACGGCCCAGCUGUACGUCCUCGACCGGAGUGCCACCGCCGAGACAAGUACGCAUGCGCCCCCUCGGCCUUCGUCAGCGCCCGGCACGAGGGGGACAAGGUGAUCGUCUUCGAGAGGGCCAACGUCAUCUUCGUCUUCAACUUCCACCCCACCAACAGCUACAACGACUACCGGGUGGCAGUCACCUCUCCCGGGAAAUACAAAAUCAAGCUGGACACGGAUGAGGUUCAGUUCGGGGGUCACGGAAGGCUGGACCACAACACCGAAUUCUUCACCGAAGCCGUGCCGUUCAACGACCGGCCCCACUCCAUGAUGGUGUACCUCCCGUGCAGGACCGCGCUGGUCCUGGCCAACGAGGAGAUCGACUACUGCUACUGAAGCCCGGCGGACUCUGUGAGCGAGGGAGCCAGCGCGGACGGCCAGUUCAAGCGUCAGCUCCCCAAUAUUCUCGUAUUCCUCUGCGCAGUCUCUGAGUGCUCUUCUACAGCAAUUACACCGUUUCACCUGACACACACCGAUUCAGCCAGGGAAAGAUUUGCUCUUCCAAACACCUGUCUGGAAAUAUUUCUGUCUGACACCCUCCCCCUCCCCCCUCCCUCACCCGUCCUCUUAAAAGCAGCUUUAUCUCUGAAAUAUAGAAAUAUUCCUCCUACACAUAUGCCUUCAGCAGCUACAUUUAUUCCCCCUACCACGCAUUAUAAUGGAGAGCAUACUGUGAGAUGCAGUGAUGUCACAUCGUUAUGGUUAGCUUCAUCAGAAUAUUAGGACCUUCCCCACCCCCAAUCAUCGUGGGCACAUCGUCCAGUUAGAUCUUGAAAAAAUAAAAAUACAGUAUUUCCUUAAAAAAAAAAACUACUUGAUUUUGAAAGAUGACAAACCAUCGAGUGACAUUCAUUUUAAUUUUUAAACACAUGCACUUUGAAAGAAUUUAUAUUUGUAUUUAUACAUUUAUGUUUGAUGUGUUCUAACCUAGCGUAGAAAUUGUUUGUCAUAUUUAAUUUUUUCAGCAAAAAAAAAGAAGAAAAAAUAGAAAACAGAAGAGAAUAGAGUAUGAGGUGAAGUAUUGCACUAGAGCGUGGCGGGGAAGACCCCAGGAAUGCUGGGUGAUUUUGAAGUCUGCCGAUUUUACGCGUGAGACCGCUUCAGGGACAGGAAGCUGAAUGGCAGACAAUGGCAGCCUUACAGCGCUUGGAAAGCUUCGUGGCUCAUCUUACUGUACAGGUUCACAUUUUCAGUUCAGGUGUGUAUUAAUUCCAUGAUAAAGACACUGGGAUUUAAUGUUAUUUAUUCACAAUGAGUAAUAAUAUAUGUGAUUUUUGUUUCGAUGUUGUACGUGGGUCCCCAUGUAUGAAGCUGAACUGAAAAUGUGUCUAUGUGCGUAGUAAAUGCGUAGUUCCAUGGUCAUUAUGAUGUGGCCAACCAGAAGCCAUCAGAGAGGUUAAGGGGGGUCUUGUUCGGUAUGUGAGGAGGGCUCUCCCACAGCUUAUGUCCUGUCAUAGUCUAGUCAUUCUGGUCUCAAAAGCUGACCAAUAAAAUCUAUUAAUGAGGACUGAAGGCUGAAGACAGAGACCCAACAGACCAAUCACCCGUUCUAGCCCAUCAUGUAGCCACACCCCCCAUUUAAACCUUGCUCCCCAUCCUGAUAAAGCGGAAUAUAAAUUUUCCUCAUCCUUACAUCAAGUAUAAUCUGCUUUUCUUACAAAUUUGCCAGCAAGCUACAGGUUAUGAAUCACAGAGGCUGAACAACAAAGGCUAAAUUAAUGUGCCCCCUUUUUUUCCCCAAUUAUGCUAUUCCUCUCUAUAAGAUCUGACGAUUUUCUCUGUCAAGCAUUGACUAAGUUUACCUUACGCCUCCUCCUACAUUUCCUGUACUUUGCAGAUAAUUUGCGGCUUGUUCCGAAUGUAAAAAAAAAAAAAAAAAAAAAAAUCUGGAACGCUCUCUCCAAGUGUAUUGCCAUUCAAAGAUGCCAGGAAUGUUGCUAUGGAGAUUCCUACUUUAGCAGAUUUGGCUCGUAAACAUGAACCAGCCUAAUAAGGAAGCGAGUUUUCCAGCGCAUGAGAACAAACUCCAGUUAUUCAGUCCAGGGACACUGUUUCUCAGUACUGUGUAUGCUGGGGUGAAACUGUGGUAAAAACAGGCCUAUGGUAGGCUAUACUGUAUUUGUUCGUUUUUAAUCUUCGUUUUUAACUCACUCUCCUGUUUUCCCCUCCCUCAAAUCAUCAUGUGUAGCAAAAAAUUCAGACAGCUGUGUGCACAGUUGCAUUGUGUUUUGUUUCUGGUUCCCAAGUGUAAGUUAAACUUGUCUGAAAUGUGAUUGCUGUUGAAAAAAUAUUAAAGCCUCUGACUGUC